AUGAAGGAUUUUCUCAUUCUCGUGCUCUUGAGUGCAACUGAGAACACCUGCAUAGCCAGUCAUAGUCUCUUUUCUUCUUUGUCUCUACGACCCCUUGAUUCUCCAGGACUUAUUGUGGAAAAUGUUUCUAAUGAAAAGAAAGAAGCACAAGAUGAUUUUACUGUUCCUUACAUGGUCUAUCUGAAAUCCACCCCAGAGCCCUGUGUUGGGUGUCUCAUCCACCCCCAGUGGGUAUUGACAGCUGCCCACUGCCCCUUACCCAUCAAAAUUCGACUUGGAGUUCAUCAACCCAGCAUCAACAAUAAAAAAGAGCAGGUACAAAAUUAUUCAUUGACUAUGAUUCACCCUGACUUUGAUGCAAACUCUCUGGAAAAUGACCUGAUGAUGAUAAAACUCUCCAAACCUGUGGCACUCAACAAGUAUGUGGGGACUAUUGCCAUAUCGUUGGAGCCCAUCUCAUCUAACGAGUCCUGCUUCAUCCCCACCUGGACUUGGAAUGACUACAAAAACCUCAGUGACCCAGACAUCCUGACAUGGAUAAGCCAACAUCCUCUUUCUGCCAGUGAUUGCGAGAAUGUGCUCCAACAAGAAGAAGAACCAAAACCAAAAUUAAACAUCAUGUGUGUGGGACAACCUCUAAGCCUCAUAACUAAUGUAAAGGAAGUUUCCGCUGCUCCAGCCAUCUGYAGUGGGAGGCUGCAUGGAAUCUUGACCUGGGCAAAAGCAGGUUAUACUCUGGGAAAUGAGGGAUUCUUUACAGAAAUUUAUGCCUAUUCAAGAUGGAUCAUGAAAAUCAUGGAAUCCUAUUGA